AUGGCCCGUCUUGAGUGUAAAAUAUGUCUACAAGAAUACAAAGCAAAUGUACCAGACUUGACUCCAAGAAUUUUAUCGAAUUGCGGUCAUACAAUUUGUGAAGGUUGUGCAGUCACUUUAUUGAAUCAAAACGAGAAUGGAGAUAUUGCAUGUCCAUUUGAUCGCAUAGUGACCGAGUUGGAAGGCUCCGUUCAAGAGCUACACAAAAACUUUGCCAUAAUUGAGUAUUUGGAGGAGAUUGAUCCAAACGCAGCAGCACCUCAAGUGCAAGCCAUACCAGCUGUGGCAGUCAACCAAAUUCAUGACGUGGAAAAUAUAGAAAAUAAUAUCCCACUCAUCAAUCAUCUCCAAGACAACGACAUAUUUCGUCAAUUUUUCGAUCCACUUGAAUUUGAAGGAGCAGAUUAUCUUGCGUGGGAUCCACAGGCAAAUGCAAAUAGGUACAACGAUGAGGACACAAGCGAAUCUGAAUCUGACGAUGAGGAAUUGCAACAACAAAUGGAUUUCAUCGAGGCAGUUCAAAACUUCAACAUUGGAGAUUAUCAAGAAAACUAUGAAAAUUUUGAUGAACAUUUAUUGUGA